AUGGCGCGCAUGAUCCCAUCGUACGUCGUGCACGACGGAGAACUGCGAGCAUUCUCGUCGUCCCGCUCGCCGGUCAUGCACAAGUACUCGCUGCGCGAGUACCGUGAGAGGGGUGUCAAGCAGUCGCUCCAGUUUGGCCCGCAAAAGCUCGAGCCGAUGCCGGUCCUGUUCAUCCCCGGAAAUGCCGGCAGCUACGCACAGGUGCGCAGCCUUGCCGCGAGUUCGUGGGACCAGUACUGGCAGGGGCAGAUGGACAUGCCUGCGGUUGAAUUUUUUAAUGCGUCAGGCCCACUGCUCUGGUACACGAUUGACUUCAACGAAGACUUUUCUGCGUUCCACGGCCAAACGCUGCAUGAUCAAGCGUUUUAUGUGAACGAGGUGCUGCGGUAUUUGCGGUAUCUGCAUCCAUCGGCAGACAAUGGCAUGCUUCGUGAGGGCGAGCAGAUGGCGGUCGUCGGCCACAGCAUGGGCGGCAUCGUCGCGCGCCUCGCGCUGGAGCUAGAUAACUACCUUCCGGGCACCGUCGAUACGAUCGUGACACUCUCCUCACCUCAUGCCUUCCCACCGGUACCGUUUGACCGCUCAAUCGAUCGCGUGUACCAGAAAAUCAACCGGGCGCAUAGCGACGGGCACGCACCCCUGAUCAUCUCGCUCGCUGGCGGCGUGCUGGACACGCAGCUGUCGUCCGAUGCAUCGUCCCUCUCACUUGCGCGCCUCGGACCACCUGAAUCGCGCCUCUCGUCGUUCACCACGUCGAUUGCGGCGCUGUGGAGCUCGACGGACCACCUGGCCAUUGUGUGGUGCGACCAGCUGCGCUUCAAAAUUGCACGCGCGCUGCUUCGCGACUAUGAGCAUUUUGGGCGGCUCUUUGACGAGCGCAGCACGCCUGACGUGCGAGCUGCGCGACACGAGGUAUGGCGUACGAUCCUUGGCGUGCCAAACGACGCCGCCUCCGUCACCGAGCAGCAUCGUGCCGCGCUCGCUGCUGCCCACGAACCCGGCGCCUCGAUCGCAAAGAACACGCAGCUCAUGCCGAUCGAUUUAACCAACAAAGACAGUGCGCUGCUGGGCCAUCUAAAUGUCUCCGAUGUGCGGGUCCACGUCUACAAGGCGCUGGCCCCGCCAGGGCCGCGCCAGACGUACACGGGCAACGUCACAGACGACGACGAGGCGCUAGGCUUCGAGGUUGUGACGAACCUGUCCGUCGGCCCCAAUGCAGAGCGCGACCCACUCUAUGCUCAGACACACGAAAUGUUUGUCGCGCUGUGCACGCGGCGCCAGUCGCUCGAGCCGAUGAGCAAGUAUCCUGAGCCGGCCUACUGCUACCCUCUCCUCUCGAAUGCGUAUGAGCAGCUUCCGUGGUCGCCCACGGCACCGGACGGCCCCUUUCCCCAGGCGCGCGUGCCGUACGCGGCGCCGCCGUACCACCUGAACCGCCUCUUCCUCAGCCACGAGUUCCUGCGCGCCCACCACGUCGAGUCUGUGCGCGUCGAGUACACGAGGAGACCGGCUGCGCUGCCAACCCAGCAGGGCGUCCCCAGCAUUGUGCGCCUCGGCUGGACCGAGAGUAAGCCGCUGAUCCUGCGUGGCAAGCCGUCGUGGCUACAACCGCGGACGUGGGACCUGCCGGGCGUACCACCCGCCUCGCUCUUGAGCUCGUUCGACGACCACGCCGCCCUGUGGCACUGGCAUGCGCCGGAAUUGGAUUCGGCGCUGGUGGCCUAUCGCCUCACACUCGAGCCGGCGCCCUGCGCGAUCCGUCGCCGCGCACCAGCGCUCAAGAUGAGUCCCAUGCUGCGGAUCCUCAGCGCGUCGACGUCCGACUCGCGCAUCUUCCCCUCAUUGAACGUCAGUGCGCCGAAUGACAUGGUCGUCGCAAUGCAUGGCGCAGCGCCAUUUAUGCCGCCACCGACUCACCGUGGUCUGCAUUUCCAGCUGUGGCAUCUCGAUACGUACGCUUCCACGUCGUUCUCAGGCGUCUACUCGUCCAAUUGUCCACUGCCAUUCGCCCGACUACGCGUGUCUGUGCAUUGGCGCGCAAGCUUGGCCCUGCUUGUCUUGCGCUACCGCCUAGCCCUCGUGUUGUGGCCACUUGGUGUGCUUGCACUCGCGCGCGUUGUGUCAGGGACCUCCCAAACGCCGUUUUCCGCGCUAUCGCGCCUCAUACACGGCUCAUGGAUCGCCAUACUUGUGCUAGGGCCGGUGGCUCUACACAUCCUUUUGUAUAUGGGCGCCUCGCUCGGCGCACCACCCUAUUCGCUUGGCAUUGGUCUCCCAUCGCUGGCAUUCGUGUGGCUCGGGCCGGCGUUGGCCCUGCUCGCGUAUGGCCUCGCCGUGUUUCUGAGCUUCCUGAUUUGGAUGGGCCUGCAUGGCUUCUACGCUCUUGGCCAUAUACGCUUGGGCCGCUUUGGGCCGUGUUGGACGCCGGUGCCUGAGCUACCACCUGUGGUGGAUGCAUGGCCAAGUCGCACCACGCUUGUCGCAUGGACUCGCAAGCGCUCGACGCGCGUCGGCGCCCUGCUUCUUGCAGCAUGCGUCGUGUUCCUACCGCACCAAGUGCUUGUGCUGGUAUGCACUCUGGUGCAGGCUGGCACAACGCUUCGCUCGUACGCGGUGCUGCAACGCCUCCCGCGCGAGACGACAACACCCUCUGACAUGGCUCGGCGCGCACUGUGGGAGCAGCGGCAUUCGGAGCACUUGUGGCUCCUCCAGUGCCUCGUGUGGUUCCUCCCGCUGCAUGCGCCUGUACUCGUGGUGUGGGUCCGCAAUGUGAAUGCAGGUUUUUCGAUGGGCGUCUCGCGUGCAGAGCACAAUAUCCUCGCAACGGCGGCGCUCCUUGCGCUUGUGUACAUCCAUGCUGCACCGUGGAUGCUCCGCACGCUUGACAGCCGUGGUGCGCGGGCUGGCACGCAUAUCCUCUAUGGCGCUCUGGCUCUAUGCACCCUGAUCUAUGGCCUCCGCUACGGCUACGUUCUGUAUGAGGUAUUUGUCGUGGUGCUCAUAUGGGAGCUGUUCCAGCGCCUAUGGCCACUGAAGCACGCCGAGCGUGCCCACGAGGCAAGCGCUGACAGUCUGCCGCUCACGCCGAUCCACCGCCUCGCUGUACCGUCAUCGCUUGCGACACCGACGCCGCCAGUGAUCGAGGACCUGCUCGCAGAGUACCUCGAGACGCUCGAUGCGUAUAUGCAGGCACGCACACGCGCGAGCGAUGCGAUGCAGGCCGGGUUUCUCCAACUCGCGCGAGCCAAGAUGGCCCUCGGCGGCACGUACGGCCAGCGUAUCAGCCCCGACGCAUACGAUGCGCGUAUGUCAGCCCAGCUGCGUUUGCGAACGGGGAAUGGGGCGCGCGAGGCAGAUAGCACGCCGGCACUCCGGCGGCGUGCGGGAGCGGCGCGGGACGCAAAACAGGGCACAACUCCACACACAACGGCGCACGAGACAAGCGGCUUUGACCCACUGUACCAGUUCAGCGGGUUGCCGCCGCCCGCGCUCAAAGCGGCGCAGCGGCACUUCCGCGAGGCUGCUAUGCACUUAUUUGACACGGAGGGCCCAGCGUCGACGGGCACCGACGUAUGGAUGCUGCAACGGCGCCUCGAGGCCCUUGAACAGCACAUAGAUACCUGUCGCCGCACGUAG